GCGGGGGCCGAGGAGGGACAUUUUAAAAGGGCCGGAGAUUGCGGGUGUCAGUGGCCAUGGCGGAUACAGCGACUACAGCACCGGCGGCGGCGGCCGCGGCCAGUGCCGCUAGCGCCUCGACCGACGCACCUCCCUUCCAGCUGGGCAAACCCCGCUUCCAGCAGACAUCCUUCUACGGCCGCUUCAGGCACUUCCUGGAUAUCAUCGACCCACGCACGCUCUUUGUCACCGAGAGACGACUCAGAGAGGCCGUGCAGCUGCUGGAGGACUACAAGCACGGCACCCUGCGCCCCGGGGUCACCAACGAGCAGCUCUGGAGUGCACAGAAAAUCAAGCAGGCCAUUCUACACCCGGAUACUAAUGAGAAGAUCUUCAUGCCCUUUAGAAUGUCAGGUUACAUUCCUUUCGGGACACCAAUUGUGGUCGGUCUCCUCCUGCCCAACCAGACGCUGGCAUCCACUGUCUUCUGGCAGUGGCUGAACCAGAGCCACAAUGCCUGUGUCAACUACGCAAACCGCAACGCUACCAAGCCUUCACCUGCAUCCAAGUUCAUCCAGGGCUACCUGGGAGCCGUCAUCAGCGCUGUCUCUAUUGCCGUGGGCCUUAAUGUCCUGGUGCAGAAAGCCAACAAGUUCACGCCAGCCACCCGCCUUCUGGUCCAGAGAUUUGUGCCGUUCCCUGCUGUAGCCAGUGCCAACAUCUGCAACGUGGUCCUGAUGCGGUACGGGGAGCUGGAGGAGGGGAUUGACGUCCUGGAUGCCGAUGGCAACCUCGUGGGCUCCUCCAAGAUCGCGGCCAGACACGCCCUGCUGGAGACGGCACUGACGCGAGUGGUCCUGCCCAUGCCCAUCCUGGUGCUACCCCCGAUCGUCAUGUCCAUGCUGGAGAAAACUGCUCUCCUGCAGGCGCGCCCCCGGCUGCUCCUCCCUGUGCAGAGCCUCGUGUGCCUGGCUGCCUUCGGCCUGGCCCUGCCACUGGCCAUCAGCCUCUUCCCGCAGAUGUCGGAGAUUGAGACGUCCCAACUAGAGCCUGAGAUCGCCCGCGCCACGAGCAGCCAGACAGUGGUGUACAACAAGGGGCUGUGAGUGGUGCCUGCCGGCCUGGGGACUGAGUGUGGUCCAGGCCAGGGAGGUGGGGGCCGCGCCUGCAGGGAGGGCCUGGACCCCCGGCGGUGCACUGAAGCCACAGUGUAGGGAGACUAAUCCAUUCACAUAUUAACUUAGGGGAGAGGAAUCCUGACACAUGUCCUAUACAGAAGAAUCAAGUGCAUUUCUGGGCCUUAAGUGGGGUUGCUAAAACUCCAUUCAGCACAAUAUCUGUGAAGCUGAAAAACUGUCACGUGCCAUGGGGUAGAUUUAGGAUCCUUUUAUACUUUGGUUUCUUUUUUAUUUUUCUUUUGUAUCAGAAUCAAGUCUGAGCCUUGGUUGCAACUGACCAGAGUGGCAGAUGCACAGGUGGUAGGAGGCGGAGUGGGCCUGGGAGCGGGGUUCACUUGCUAGCUGGUGUGGUAGGUGUAGGAUAUGACAGUGCCUGGGCGGGAUGGUUCUCUGUGCUGGAGUAGGGAGGGGAAGGUGGUGGUCUGCACCCCACAGGAUGAACUAGCCAUAGUUGAGGUCCUCAGGAAAUGGCCCAGAGAAUCAAGGAGCCCUGGAGGCCUCUGGGAAAUUCCAUGGGCAGUUGACUGUGAAUGUGGCCAGCCCCAUGCCUGCAACAGCUGCAGAACAAGUUCCUUCGAGUGAAGCCCAGUGACAGUGGGGCUGGCCGGGGUCACCCUCUGUAGAACUCCGAAGACUCCUGAGAUGUCCCCAGAUCCAGGCAGGGAGCACCCAAGAAGGAGUAAUGCCUGGCAGGACCUGUGGGCCUGCCCUUGGUCUCGGUGGGAAAAGCCUUUUUCCAGGCACCUGGCUGCUGGAGGCUGGGCGUUGGGGCUGAGACUGCCUGCCAUAUUGUACCCCUUCCAAGAGGGUCUCAUGCUUGGCAGUGCCAGGGCUGGACCUCUAGGAACCUGUCUGAGAGGCAGCACCAACCAGGAGCAGCAGACCCGGGGUCUAGCAGACUGUGGGACCUUAGACAAGUUCUGUUCUUCUGGGAGCCUCUACUCUGGAACUGCAGGCCUGGAUCCAGGGGUUCCCAUCAGCUCUUGCAGCUGGACCUCACCUUUGCCUGCCCUGCCCGGAUGCUGGCCAUCCCAGCACACCUUCAGUGCAGACACCGGACACCCUGGGAAAGCUGCUCCAUCCUUCAGUGGGGAAACGGUAGGCCCCUUUGGACAUGGCCAGAAGUUGGCCUCAGAUCCUGUGACCCCACGUCCCAGGAGUACUUGACCUUCAUCAAACACUUUGCAGUGUGGAAGAAGAGGUAGCCUGGGCCAUACCUGCAAACCGCCUCUUACCCCUGCGGGCUCAGAGGCCCCCAGUCCAGCUCCCAUCUCCUUCCCAUCUGCAGGCCAGGGUCAGGGUGAGCAGUGUGAGCAGUGUGACCCUCAUCUGAAAGGCACCAAUGAGGGGAGGCAUUGGCCUUGGCGCACUCCUAUCUUGCCUCCAAUUGGAAGGAAGGCUUUGACGUGCAGCCCCUGGGCCUCCCUCCCCUGGUGAUGCCGCAGUGGGCAGGAUCUGGGCCAUGGAAAGCCUGUGCAGGGCAGCAAGGGCAUGGCCACGGAGCCGCUCAACAUCUUAGGGCUGGAGGAGUUGUGACGUGGGUCGGCCACGGUGUUGACACCAUGCACCCACUGGAAGCCCUGGGGCCUUUGUCUCUCAGCCAGCUCCUGUGCCGGCCAGCUGGCUCUGCUGGGUGCUGCCCUGCGAGCCCACCCCUCUCCUCAAGGCCCCCCCCCCCAACUCAUCAAGAAGGGGAGAAAGCAUAGAACAGCAUGGGGGACAAAGCAGCCAGGCUGAGGGGGUGCAGCAUGAGAGGGGUGGGUCAUUUUGAGCCAGUCCCACCAUAAUGUGAGUGCCCGUGACUGCUGGGCAGUGCUGUUCUCCUGGCCUGGACUGCAGGCUGGCCAUGUCUGGGGCCUCUGUGGCAAAGCUUAGUUCAGGCUCACCCUGCCCACAUCUGUCAUAGGGUCUUGUUCUUGUGCACUUUAUCUUGGGACCAAAACUGCCCGCCCCAUCCCUACCCUGCCCCCUCCAGAGCCCUCGAAGAGAUGGGGCCUGUCCUGCUCCCCUCUGUGCUGGCUGCUCCACCCACCCCCCCGUGUGGCUGCAGAAUCUGCUAUCCUUGUUGCUUUGUCUCUGGUUGACUUCCCUCAGGCUCCCAAAUGCAAUUCCAAGUGGACUAAGGGGGUUGCUCCACAGGGAGAGGGGGGUGCAGCGGCAAGGGGUGGGGGUGGUGACAGAGGGACAGCAGGCCCGGCUGCCGAGCCCUGACCUGGCUUUGGAAGACCCCACGGAGGGGAACUUUGAGCCAACACCCACACCCGCUCCACUGAGGCCAAAGGAGAGAGGACUGGGGGCAGGUUGGCUCAUGGGAAGAGACUGGACCCACAGUCAGGGGGUGCCGGCCUGGCUGUGCCAGAGCACAGGGCACCCCUGCAACUGUUCUGCAGCCCCGGAGUCCCUGCCUGACCCCACUCUGGUCACUGGAAACAUUCCCUCAGCCUCCGGAUGCCUCUCCCGUUCUUGAGGGCAGUCGGAGGUACAGGACGGAAGCCCACGGUGUCCAGAUGGCUGCCGAGUCAAGAUGGCCACCAGGCCCCUUCCCACUUCCUGAGUGGGAGCCAGCUUGUUUCCUGGGCUCUCCUGACCUGGGAGCAGGGAGGGGCUCCAGAGGAGGAAGAAGGGUCCAUGGACAGAGCCACGGUGGUCCUCCAGCCUGGGGCUGGUGGGAGUGAGGCCCCGGCCACACCCAGGGGACUUUGCAGUGUCUUUUUAACCUUCUCAGAAAAUCUCUUCAUUGUGUGAACUAUGAAGUACUAAUGAGCUGUGGGCAAUAAAUGAUGGAUUGGAA